AUGGAUGAUACUACUGGCUUAGUAGACAUCACCACUCCCCAGUGUGAAUAUGCGGUCAUUGAGGAGCAUCACAAUGUUGCUUUUUCAGAUAUCCCUGAAACCGAGACGCAGACGAAUUCAACGCAAGUUGCUGACAUCAACCCACCGACGGCUCCACGCCAACAGAUACCACCUGUUAUCAAUGCGCCAACUGAUAUUCCGAGGGUAGUCCUGGGUGCAAAACGCCCUCAAGUGGCUACAACACGACGUGUAUUUGUUAGGAAAGUGGUGCAGACAAAUAAAGGGCCAUUGGUGGUCGUUCGGGCUGUUAUAGUUCCUCAGGCCGUACGACAAACAACAUCUCAACAGCAACGUGGUAGCCAAGGGGGGUCUACUACAGUGCCUAUCCCCCGACAACUACCUAAGAAGAGUACAAAUAGCAGAACAUGCAUUGCUGUGACAGUUAUAAUUACUGCUAUAAUAACGGCAAUUGUCUUGAGUCUUAGUUUCAGCAAUGUUGGUAAUAAUGAUGAUAAUAAUAAUAAUAAUGGAUACAGUGGAUACGUUGUUACUUUGACUUCAUCGCUGAUCUUUUCUGACGAAUUUGAGGAAAUUCUUGAAGAUACCAAUUCACAAGAAUACAAGUACUAUACGUCGCAAAUGGAGACAGAAGUACAUAAAGGUCUGAAAUAUCCUUCAACACCUCGUAUGCCCACUGCUCCAACUUACACAUCAGCAGAUUGUACUUCUUUUGAGUUUACCUGUGAAUCCUCUCGAUGCAUUUCUUCUACACAACAAUGUAACGGUUAUAGUGAAUGUAUGGAUAUGUCAGAUGAGGAUUGGAGACGGUGUUAUGAUUGCCAGCCGGUAACCAUCAACGCUUGUACAAAUGUUCUGCCGUACACGUCAGCAUAUUUUCCUAACAAAGUUGUAACAACUCAGGAAAUGGCCACUAACAUGCUCUCCAAAAUAGAAGACUACCUACACUGCCACGAAUAUGCGACAUUGUUUGCGUGUUUAACGUACGCACCAUCGUGUCCGAGUGAUGCUGGAUUUAUCCAAAGACCUUGUCGUUUGUUUUGCUAUUCAGUGUUGUACAGUUGUCUCAAUGUAUUGAGAGAAUUGGCUAUUCAGUUUAGUUGUUCUGAUUUAGACAAUAAUGCAGGAUGUUGGCAACCACAAUCAGGUACUUGUGACGUCAUGGAGUUCAGAUGCAAUGAUGGCCGCUGCAUUCAUGUCAGUGGUAAAUGUGAUGGAGCAAACGAUUGCUGGGACGAAUCUGACGAAGACAACUGUAAUUAUCAUGACGGUGAUUGUAACGAAUUCCAAUACCGCUGUAACGACAAUAGUAAAUGCAUUCCAUUGGGAUGGCGAUGUGACGACACAAACGACUGCCCUGAUGCAUCUGAUGAGGCUGACUGUUAUCAAACUUCGACGCGUUGUUCAUAUUCAGAGUUCACCUGUGCCAAUAGAACAUGUAUACCGAUCUCUAAGAGAUGUGACUCAAAUAAUGACUGCGGGGAUAAUUCAGAUGAAACAGUUGCAUUGUGUGGAUCUGUGUGUCCAGACGAUGGAGAACAAAUGAGUUGCUCAAAUGUUCAUAAAUGUGUCAUGAAAACGCAAGAAUGCGAUGAUAACAAAGAUUGUCCUGAUAAUUCGGAUGAAUCCAAGUGUGUUAAAAUGUUUGGGUCAAUGUUAUAUGCCAAGUACAAUGCCUCAUGGAUACCCAUAUGUGCUAAUGGAUGGUAUAAUGCUUAUAGUCGUGUGGUAUGUCAACAGUUGGGAUUUGGAAAUGUUUCAAAAACAUAUUACUAUACAAACGAUGGAUUCGAUAAGUCUGCAACGUUACGUCCAUCCGUAACAGUGAAUGAUUUGAAGAAUAUACGAAAUGCACUUGAAGUAAGGAUUGUGGACAUUGUCGAUAUCAGUAGCAUCAAAGCAGUGAUGGGAAUUAAAUAUACAAAUUCAUAUGUGUCAUCCAAACAGACCCGGACUAUAAGUACAUUUUACAUUCACCCAGAGUACAAUUACCGGACAUAUGUUAAUGACAUUGCCCUAUUAAAGUUGACGUCUCCCGUGACUUACACAGAUCGUGUAAGACCAGCAUGUAUAGCUUUAGAAGAUAUUGUUUUACCUGCUGGUAGACUAGGUUAUAUUGCAGGAUGGGGCAUAACGGAGGAAGAUGCUGAAGAAGUAUCCACAAUUCUCCAAGAAGCUCAUGUUCCACUUGUUGCACUAGAAGAAUGUGCUGGGCUGUUGAAUAUCGAGCUCCAUCCUGGUAUGCAAUGUGCGGGAUACUUGACUGGGGGUAUAGAUACAUGUCAGGGUGACAGUGGCGGACCACUGAUGAUCGAAAAUACGGAUGAUGGACGAUGGUAUUUAUACGGCGUAACUAGCUUUGGUUACGGCUGUGCCAGAGCAAACAUGCCUGGUAUAUACACUAAAGUCAACAAGUAUACUGAUUUUCUUGAAGAAAUCAUAGGUUUUUAA